AAAAUAAACAGGCUAAGUUAAACUCUAUAUUAAAAAUGACUUUAUUAGCACUCUGUCUUGAUAGAGCUAAAGGAAUAAUUAAUAGAAUGUUUUUACUUUGUUCAUUGAAAUGAACAAAUUAAAAUUGAACAAAAGAAAUGAUUUAAACAGUCUAAACUGCACUAAAAAAGUAUGUCUGGACUGGAGUAGAGACUGGUAUUCUAUGUGAGCCAGGCCCUAUAGUAAGGAUGCUUCUGUUUGAAUCCCAGUUCUUACUCUGUCUGGUAUUUUCUCUUCUGUUAAACAAGGAUACUAACAAUCCGUUCUUGUUGGGUUGUGAAGUCUAAUUCAAAUAAUGCAUGGUAUAUGCUAGCACAAUGCUUGGAAUCUAGUAAACUCAACAAAAUGUUCUUCCUUUUUAAAAAAUUAUUUUGUUAUUAGAUUCUAAAGAUUAUUCUUUAAUUACCAAAAUAAGUCUUAUACCCUCUUUACCUGAAAUCUUUGAGAAUCCAUUACAAUCCCAGUUGUUUUCUUCUUACCUACUUAAUGGUUGCUACUUCUCUCAUGCCUCGCCAAAGGUGGAACAGUUUGUAUAUGUCUGUCUUUCUUCAGAAGGGCUUGUUACACUUUGGAAUUUAGUUCACCUGGUUGGUUUGCUAACUCAGCUCAUUUUUGAAGAUAGCUUCAAAAGGUAUUAUGCCUUUUUUGCAUUUUUAGAGUGGGCGUUACAUUCUCUUGUGGUAUUCUAUCUGUAUCCUAAGCUGAAUUCUCCUUAUGCCUGAAAUUGUUAAACAUGGGAUUAAUGAUUAUCUUUGGAAGAUGUAGUUUUGAUGGUGUUUACAGAUAUGAUCCAGACCUGUAUGUGAAGUACUUUGGUUAGUCAGAGUGAACAUUGAAUAAUGAGUGGUGCAGCUUUGGGACUCGAGAUUGUUUUUGUCUUUUUUCUGGCAUUAUUCCUGCUACAUCGAUAUGGAGACUUUAAGAAACAGCAUAGACUUGUAAUUGUGGGAACACUGCUAGCUUGGUACCUCUGCUUUCUCAUUGUCUUCAUACUGCCUCUGGAUGUUAGUACGACAAUAUACAACAGGUGUAAACAUGCUGCUGCAAACUCAAGCCCUCCUGAAAGUAGCAAUGUUACAGGAUUGUAUGCUGCUGCCACCCCGGUUCCAAGCCAGCGUCCGUGUUUCAAGCCAUGGAGUUACAUUCCUGAUGGAAUCAUGCCAAUUUUCUGGAGGGUAGUAUAUUGGACAUCACAGUUUUUAACAUGGAUUCUGUUACCUUUUAUGCAGUCAUAUGCAAGAUCAGGAGGGUUUUCUAUCACUGGAAAGAUCAAAACUGCACUGAUUGAGAAUGCAAUCUAUUAUGGCACCUACUUGCUGAUUUUUGGAGCAUUUUUAAUUUAUGUAGCUGUAAACCCACACUUGCACUUAGAAUGGAACCAGCUUCAGACAAUUGGGAUAGCUGCCGCAAAUACCUGGGGUCUGUUUCUGCUUGUGUUGUUGUUGGGGUAUGGCUUGGUAGAAAUUCCUCGGUCAUACUGGAAUGGAGCAAAAAGAGGUUAUCUACUAAUGAAAACUUAUUUUAAGGCAGCCAAAUUGAUGACAGAGAAAGCAGAUGCAGAAGAGACUUUAGAAGAUGUCAUGGAGGAGGUUCGUAAAGUAAAUGAGAGCAUCAAGUAUAACCACCCACUGAGAAAAUGUGUUGACACAAUACUUAAAAAGUGCCCUGUAGAGUAUCAGGAAAAAAUGGGUAGGAACAUGGAUGAUUAUGAAGAUUUUGAUGAAAAGCGUAAUACCUAUCCAAGUGAAAAAAGUCUGGUAAAACUACAUAAACAGGUGAUUUAUUCAGUUCAGAGACAUCGUCGAACUCAAGUACAAUGGCAAAUUCUUUUGGAACAAGCGUUUUAUCUAGAAGAUGUUGCAAAAAAUGAAACUAGUGCUACUUGUCAGUUUGUUCAUACCUUUCAAUCACCAGAGCCAGAAAAUAGAUUUAUUCAAUAUCUUUAUAAUCCUACAGUUGAGUGGUACUGGGAAUGUCUUUUGCGACCGUGGUUUUAUAGGAUACUUGCUGUGGUAUUGUCCAUCUUCUCCGUGAUUGUCGUGUGGUCAGAGUGCACAUUCUUUAGCACGACACCUGUCUUAUCCCUCUUUGCAGUCUUCAUACAGCUGGCUGAAAAAACAUACAACUAUAUUUAUAUAGAGAUUGCUUGCUUCCUUUCCAUCUUCUUCCUGAGCAUCUGUGUUUAUUCUACUGUGUUCAGGAUUCGUGUAUUUAACUAUUAUUACUUGGCUUCACAUCACCAGACUGAUGCUUACAGCCUUCUUUUCAGUGGCAUGUUAUUUUGCCGUUUGACUCCUCCUUUAUGUCUUAAUUUCUUGGGACUGACCCAUAUGGAUUCAUCCAUCUCUCACAAGAAUACACAGCCAACUGCUUAUACGUCUAUUAUGGGUUCCAUGAAAGUUUUAUCCUUUAUUGCAGAUGGGUUCUAUAUAUAUUAUCCUAUGUUGGUGGUAAUUCUCUGCAUUGCUACUUAUUUUAGCUUGGGAACUCGUUGUUUGAAUCUACUUGGUUUCCAGCAGUUCAUGGGAGAUAAUGAUAUGACAUCAGACUUAGUUGAUGAAGGAAAAGAAUUAAUCAGACGAGAGAAGAGAAAAAGGCAACGGCAAGAAGAAGGUGAAAAUCGAAGAAGAGAAUGGAAAGAACGUUAUGGUCACAGUAGAGAAGAUUCCACUAGAAACAGGAAUGUUCAUGUUGACCCAAAAGAAUCAAACUUCUCAGAUAUUAGUACCAACAGAUCAGCAUCCAAAUAUACUAGGGCUAGUAAUAGGACUGAAAGGGACCGAAUAGAACUUCUCCAAGAUGCAGAACCUUUGGAUUUUAAUGCAGAAACAUUCACUGAUGAUCCUCUUGAAUCUGAAUCAGAAAGAUCAUUUCUUUAUCCAACUUGCAGGUAUCAACCUGAUGGACGAUACCUUUCAAUGUCUCGCACCAGAAUAUUUGAUGAUGUUUAAAGUCUGUAAGAAUUUAUGGAAUAAUAACCAAGAUCAACACAUAAGUUCAGUCUUUAAGAACAUCUGUAUGCCCUAAAAUUUACACUGAACUCUCAAUGAAAAGUGUCAGGGUAAAAAAAAGGCACUAAAAAUUAAUUAUAUCUUAGUAAUAAUGGUUUUUGUUCAUCAAUAGAAUAUCAUCUUUUCUAAUAGGAUUUAUCACAUACCAUUCCUGAAAUGUCUGCCUUAGAAGUACAGUUACAGGGGAAGGUUUUAUUUCAUGAUAAAGAUCAGUUGAAAACAUGAAGUUCAGUUUGUUUUAGAUUGGUUUUUCUUUCAGGAAAACAGUUUUAAAGGUCCAAGCAAGCCAUAAGAUAUAAAUGAAUAAUAUUACGCAGUUUCAUUAUUGUGAUCUACAUUCUUGCUGUUUCUAAACAAUAUGUUGAUCCUUUAUUUCCCAAAGAGAUCGAGACCUCUAAUAAUAAGCAUAUUUACAAAACCCAUGUCUUAAAACAAGGCUUAUUUAUCAGAUAUAACUGAAUGUAGAAAGCUUUUUCAACUCUGUAUGCAAAUUAGUGAGGUUUUUGCAUGUUUAAUUAAGAUUAUACUUCAACUGAUGUUUCUUCAGCAUGUAUACUAUAAUCAGGUGAUGAAUUAUCUUUCAGUCCUUUGUAGAAACUGGAAAUUGUCUUAUGCUUUUGGUAUUGCUUUGUAAAACAUUUUGACUUCGGAGAGAAGUGUUCAUCUUUACCAUUUAGUAUAUUGAUUUAAGUGUUGAUCAUUCCAUUCAAGGAGAAUCAUAAUUAUAAAUGGUAAAUAGUGAGGGUUUUUUUUUUUUUAAUAGAGUCUCACAAAAUUCUCUACUUUCUAAAGGUGCCUGUUUAAUGCCUUUUGAAAAAGAACAUCUGGUUAUUCAAAUGUAAAAAAGUGAUCCAUUUACUGUUAAAUUGUGGUUAACAAUAAACUUAACCUUAUAAGCCACUUAAAUUGUUGUUUACAGCAAACAGAAAACUAUUUUAGAAUGGAGAUGUCUAAGAACUUGUUGGUUAAACAUGAUAUUAUUUUAAAUUCCAUUUUUUAAACUUUGUGUUUAGGCCAGAGUUAGGUAUUAUAUUUUAAAUAAUCAAGUGUUUUAUUGUACAGUGAAUAUAGUUGAGGACAGCAUGUUUGCAGAGAGUUUUUAUGUCCCUGAAAUGUUUGCAACUCUUAGAGAAUCCAUACUAUGAGUUCACCCAGUGGUGAUUGUACUUGAGCUUGCCCUUGGCCAUCUUAGUUUGCCACCUAUUAUCCUGCACAACUUUUAGUAGUGCUCUUUCUCAUUCUUAAGAAUCCCAAUUUGGAGAUGAAUUAAAUAGUCACCCUGACAGUUUGAUUAUAUGUUUCUUGAAGGUAAUUUUUCCCUGAAUCAUAAUUUCAUAAUUUUUAUUUUCCUCUUUACUUAGUGUUAUGUAAAUUUUAUAUAAGAUGCAGUUUUAUGCAGAUACUGAAAGGACUAGUGUAUCAUCCCAAUUACCUGAUUUUCUUAAAUUGUUAUGGUCUUUGAGAUUAGAUCCCCUUUAAAAUAAUUAUCAGUGGAUAGAUUUCACUCUCAAUUGAAGAUUAUAUAACUGCCCAUUUAAGAACAUAUGACACAUACAGCCUUUUUAUUGUGAAAUGUAGUCAGAGCAGUAGGCCAGGAGCAGAUAAUUUAACACUGUAAUUUCAUGAUUGACCACUGAAACCUUGGGCAAAUCGUGUAGCCUUUCAGUGCCUCAGUUUCUUCAUUUUCAAAGUGAAGAUGAUACUUGCUAUUUACCAACUGAUCUACCUCACAAAGCUAUUGUGAGGGUACUAAGUUUAUAUAGUGGAGUUGAAAAAGACAAAAUAAGUUGUUAGUCAUGCUGGUUUUCCACUAGGUAGUAUUUGAAGGUAUUGGUUGGGAAAAGGAUCACCCCAGAAAGGGGUCCAGUCUCUUAUUAUUACGGAGAAUCUUACAGGUCCCCAUAGCAACAACUUGUUUUGAAAUAAUUAAUCAAAAUACUGUGAAAAUAAUGUUGUUUUAUUAUUUAGUCUUUGGGUUUACUUUGGAAUAUUUAAGUAUAAUGUUUCUCAUCAGAUUUUAUCAUGGAACUCAGAUGCUAUUGUAGAAGUGGAAAAAUGAUCAAAUUACUUUUAUAACUUAACAAUAAGAUAGGAGUUCCUGUGGUGGCGCAGUGGUUACCAAAUCUGACUGGGAACCAUGAGGUUGCAGGUUCGAUCCCUGCCCUUGCUCAGUGGGUUAAGGAUCCGGCGUUGCCGCGAGCUGUGGUGUAGGUCGCAGACGUGGCUCGGAUCCUGUGCUGCUGUGGCUCUGGCGUAGGCCAGCGGCUAUAACUGCGAUUCGACCCCUAGCCUGGGAACCUCCAUAUGCUGCAGGAGCGGCCCAAGAAAUGGCAAAAAGACAAAAAAAAACAAAAAAACCCAAUACUCUAAGAUAAAUCAAUAGAAGUAUUUAAAGGAAACGUAUACUUUCCUUUAUUAUUACAUUUUUAUGAUUAUAAUAAUUAAAGUAUAUAUACUACAUCACAAACAAUAUAGAUCCCUUUAUGACUUUUGGAGUUAUUUCCAAAGUAAUUUUUGGUUGUUUAAGUGACCCAGAGUAUGUGACUAAAUUUUAAGCAGAAUUUAUCUUACAGGAUUUCAUAUAUGAUCAUAUAGGAAGGUUACCUGGCUGGGUAAGUCUGUGUUUAGAAGUAAUAAUUUAACCCUGGAACACUAAGAGUUUAUUGCUGGGGAACUAAAUUAAUAUUUGUUAAGCCAUCUUGUGUACAAUAAUUGUAAUAAGAACAAAAGUUUUCUGUUUUGAGAAGCUUGUUAAAAUGUAAUAACAUCUACUGCAAAAUAUUAACUACUGAAUUCAUACACUUCACAUGUAAAGUGUAUUUCUUGAAGAAUUACUUCCAGCAAUUACCUUUUGAUGUGUUUCUUUUUUAAAAAAAUUUAAUGAAAGUAUAGUUGAUUUACAUAAUAAUAGGUAUCUGGUUAAAUUGUCCAAAUUAUUUUUCUAAAUAAUUGUUAGGUAAGGAUAGUUAGUAAGCCAGUAAUUCAAAAUAACCAACCGUUGCAAAAAAAAUAAAUAAUAACAAUAAUCUAGUAAUUUCAUGAAUCUAUAAAUUGCUAAUUAAUAUUUUUACUAUAUCAUUACUACAUUAAUUAUUUGUUAUCAGUAGAGCAUUUUUGUAAAAAUGAUUAUUAAAAAUUAUCAGAAUUUGUUAUCUUACUAAAUGAUCACAAGGGCUUUGUAAUAAUUUCAUCACACAAGAGGCCCUCAUUUCACAAGAAUGCUAAGAACUAAAUCAGAACAGUUGAAGGUUUUUCAAUUUAUAAAGAAUAGAUCAGAGAAUUUGACAAUCAAAACUUUCCAAAAAAAAUGCUGCCAGUUGAUUUGUUUUGGGACUCUACUAUUUGAUUAGAUUAUUAGUUCUUAAAUUUAUGCUGGUUCUGUACCCAAAUGAAAUUAAAUGUGGACGAGAAAGUCAAUGUGUAUGUUUUUUAAGUAUACUUUAGAAUAUUAAUGAAGGAAUUUCAUUGAUGUAUAGUAGCAAGCCUCAUUUUUCAUGCCUUUAGUAGAUUUAGGGAAUGUCCUUGAUUUUUUGUGUUCAUUAGUAUUUUAAAGGAAAAAGAAACUUUCCAUAAUUGUAAUUCAUACUGUUCAGUAAUGUGAGUCUUAUACUUGUGAUUUGAAUGGGUCAUGCAUGAAAAUCACAAGAAUAAAUACAUUUGCACUAUGAGGCAAAACAUGUCCCUGAAAAAUCUUAACAUACUUGAAUCUCAAGUGUAGUGGAUCGUAUGAUAUUAAAUUCUGAAUGUUAAGAAGUAAAUGGAUUUAGAAAUUUUAUCUUUUCUUCGUUCUUCCCUCAUUCCUUUUAUACCUUGCUUCCUUUUUGAAGCCUCUUUAUAGUAUGACUUAUAAAUGUGCUGACAUUUUUUUUUCUUGUUUGUUUUGUGUGCACGUUGUUUUUGAUGAUCAGUAUACUCAAAAGGUAGUAGUUCUGACUACAGAUCCCACUACUUGAAUAGCAUUAUUGCACUUAAAGUAGUGAAACAGAUUUUGCUAGGCAACUAAGCAAUGUCAGAAGAUAAAUGUCACAUAUGCUAGCUCAGUGUAUUGUCUUUUUUACUGUGGCAUGUCAGUAAAAUAAGUUAUUCUCAAUGUAAUGUUUUUGCAUAAAAUUAGAUUUGCAAAAACAGUGAUUGUUAAAAAUCAAACAAACCCCAAACUUUAAGAACCUUGAGACUUCUUUUUAUGAAAAGGAAUUCAUAAAUAAUGUACAUCAUUAUCAAAGUUUUCAUUAGGAGAGGUUGGAACAAUACAAGAGGGUUACAGAGGCCUUCUGAAGAAUGAAUUCCCUAUCUAUGGAUACUUCUUUCCUGCUCAUAGAACUGGAAAACUAGACAGUGUUAUUCCCUGUACUAACUCCUAUAGACCAGCCCUAUGAGCCAUCUCCAGUAGAGCAUCUCCCUAUGAGCCAACUUCGUCACUAGCCCUGUGCCAUCAUCCCCAGUCCCCUUGUGAUGGGAACACUCACCCUUAAUUCUUUUCAUAUGCAGCCCAGUUUUCCUAGAAUUUUAUUUCCGUUUUCAAAGAUUUGUCCAUUGAGGUUGAUUGAAACUUGCCAUAAUUUAAAAUUUGUCAAUAAAGCAAGAAUAUUAGCAUAUUCCUCUUCUCAGAGAUAUCCUGAAAGACAUUGGUUUUUUUAACAUACUUUCUAGGGAGAAUUAAUUUUCUUCCCAUGAAAAUCUUUUCUUUUGUGAUUAUCUUGAUUUCAAAUCAUUUUACAAAAGGAGGCUUUCGCUGUACUUUGCACAAGAGUAGGAAGAGUAUUUUACUGUGGCAGACAAAUGUAAAGUCAUAAUUUGUUAAUCUGACUCUACAGCACCAUUUUGAGUUGGUAUAAUUGAUAUGAAUCUUACCAACCUAAUCACUUAGAGCUGUAUUUCAAAAAAAUGCUGGCUAGCAUCUUCCCUACUUAUUACACCAAGUUGUAGGGGAGAGACUGUGUAUUUUUUUUUAAAGCAAUCCAAUGGAUUUGUUUUUGUCUGUAUUUUGAACACAACUUGAAAGAUUUUUCUCAUUUAGAAGACAGAAAGCAUGUGGACCUGUCUUUUAAGUUACUGUAAUCUAAUAUAUAUAUUUAUAAAUUAUAGCAUUGGAAAAAAGAGCUCUAAUAUUGAUGUUGUUACUUCCUGGUAUUUAAUUUUUAUAAAAUGUUUUUAUAAUUAAUUAUAGUAUUGCUUUUAAGUAGAAAAACUUUCUCAAAUAAGUUCUGCCCAGAACCUUUUUCCUUGGGGCAAUAUUCUUAAAUUUAGUAGUCCAGUAUGAAUUUGAAAUAGUCCUACAUCUCUUCAGUGUCUUUUUAUGUAUACCAGUACCAAGCAAAGUAUACCAAAAGCCUAAUUUCUGUGUUGCAUUAAUAAAAUACUUGUUAUUUAUCUAAUUCAGUGGAUUAGGUAAAAUAGAAGAUAACCUUUUCAAAUGUGCAUCUGAUCAUAAUUUUCAAAAUGUUCAUUAUGUUCAUCUUUGGUGCAGUAUGCCAAAUUCGUCUUUAAAUCUUUAUAUUCUUGGUAUGUAAUGGCAAAUGUUUUCUUUUUUGACCAGUGGGUUGUAGAUUUAACUAUUUUUUUCUGCAGAUUCUCACUACAUUUUCAAAUAUGUAUUUGGAAAAACCUGCAAAGUGCUACCUAUAAGGAAGUUAGCAUCUUUGGCCUUAUCUAUGCAUAAUGUUCUUCAGUUUGGUUUUGACAAACUCAUGGACUUGAAGUCGCUUUGUAGUAUUUUAAUUUAUUGUGAUGUAAUGAAUUUUUUGAAAUGUUUAUUUGGCUAGCUGUUAAAAUAUAGGAAAUUAUGUAGCUUUGCAUGAAAUAAAGUACAUUUCUACACAUUA